AUGAGUUAAUAUAAGGAAAGACUGAUAAAGGAAAAGAUAGGUAACCUAAUUUAGAGUGUAAUUCUUCAAGUAAUUAAUAGGGUACAUAGGAGGAUUAUACAAUUUGGGGAGAAUCAAAAGGUAAUUUGUUCUCAAGAGCUGCCAAUUUUGCAUCCAAGGAGGUUGAAAAAGUUUAUGGGUUAUAAGCACUGAAAAUAAUAAUGAAUUUUCAUGAAUAUUGUUAACAACAUAAUAAUGUAGUUGAUUAAUUAAUUAAACAUAGUAAAUUUGCUAUUUAUGUAAAAUUCUAAUAAUGCAUUUUAUUUUGA